UUACAUUUCCACUUUGCCUUUUCAAAAAUACAUUCAGAUCAGCUCAGCUCAAAUGUAUCUAAUAAGAAAAAUAAAAGAACACGUCUAUAAAUAGAAAUCAAAAGUUCGAGAGUAAAAACCAAUUAAACCAAACACAAAUAACACAAUAAACAAUCAAACUAGAAAAGGAAAAAUGAGCAAAGUAUUAUGCUUGGCUACUUUGAUGGUGGUGCAGGUGGUGGUGUUGGUAUCGACGCCGGUGCUAACACGUGCACAAGAGGGCGUAGACGUACCGGAUUGCGUUACCGAUCUAGACGACCCUUGUGGACCUUUUGUUAACUCCACAACCGCGAUACCGCCAGCCGCAUGUUGUCAACCCCUAGAGAUGGUCCUUAAGAAUGAUAUUUCUUGUCUUUGUACCAUCUUUGGUAGUAUUGACAUUAUCCAGACUUUGAGCAUUAAUGUUACCGAGGCACUUACUCUACCUCAACGUUGUGGGUUUCAAUUUGAUAUUAUUGCUCAAUGCCAAGCUAUGGCGCCGGCCCCAUCAUCGACUCCGGCAAUAGCUCCAAGUCCAAUUUCAGGUAUGGAGUAAGCCAAGUCAGUGGGCCCAUGGACUGGAUCGUGCAACAUUGAUGUUUCUAUUGAGGGCCUAUACGCCUGGGCCAGAAAAUAAAUAAUUGCUCUAUAUACUAGAUCUCCAUCUUUGGUGCACUGCAUUAAUAACUUUUGUAAAUUUUGUUUUCUUUGAGAAUAAUGCUCUUUGUAAUUCAUUGAUUUGAAGAAGCUAAGUGUGUUACAUGUAAUUUGUGUUAUAUCAAAUUUUCCUCCUCAUAUAACAGUUUAUCUAUUUUGAUCAAACCAACCUUCAAUAAUUGUAUCAUCUAUCAUGUAUCUACAAGAGAAUAAUAGGGU